CGUUAGGUUUCUUAUAGAGAGAGAGAGAGAGAGAGAGAGAGAGAGAGAGAGAGAGAAUGGACUCAAAUGGUUUGAAAGAGAAGCCACAUGCAGUUUGCAUACCAUUCCCAGCUCAAGGUCACAUAACCCCCAUGCUGCAGUUAGCCAAACUCCUCAACUACAAAGGUUUUCACAUAACCUUUGUCAACACAGAGUUCAACCACAAACGCCUGCUUAGGUCCCGAGGUCCCGACUCUCUUGACGGUCUUCCCUCCUUUAGGUUCGAAACCAUUCCCGAUGGCCUCCCUCCAACUGAUGUCAAUGCCACUCAAGACAUAUCCACUCUAUGCCUUUCGAUUAGAAAAACUUGCCUAGCACCCUUCAGAGACCUUAUUUCCAAACUCAAUUCUUUGCCAAACUCCCCCCCUGUAACUUGCAUAGUUUCUGACGUUGGCAUGACCUUGACUCUUGAUGCAGCCCAAGAAUUGGGCAUCCCGGAUGUUAUGUUCCAGACAGCAAGUGCUUGUGGCUUGAUGUGCUGCCUUCAGUAUCGCCCUCUCAUUGAAAAGGGUUUUAUUCCCCUUAAAGAUGCAAACUAUUUGGACACUGUGUUAGACUGGAUACCGGGCAUGAAAAAUAUUAGAUUGGGGGAUGUGCCGAGCUUCUUGAGAACCAAAGAUCCAAAUGACAUAAUGCUUGAUGUUCUGAUGGUUGAGCUUGAACGAGCUCAAAGAAGGGCAUCUGCUAUAAUUUUAAACACGUUCGAUGCAUUGGAGCAUGAUGUUGUAGAUGCACUUUUAACUUUGCUACCACCCGUUUACUCAAUAGGACCCCUAUAUCUACAACUCAAUCAGAUCCCAGCAGAUAACAAGCUGAAUUUAAUUGGAUCAAACCUAUGGACAAACGAAUCAGAGUGUCUUGAAUGGCUUGACUCUAAAGAACCCAACUCGGUCGUUUAUGUCAAUUUCGGAAGCAUCACAGUCAUGACAGCAGAGCAGCUAACUGAGUUUGCUUGGGGACUUGCAAACAGCAAUAUGACCUUUCUGUGGGUGAUUAGGCCUGACCUUGUUGGUGGGGAUUCAUCUGUGGUUCCUGCAGAGUUUUUCGUACAGACCAAAGAAAGGAGUUUAUUAGCAAGUUGGUGUCCUCAAGAACAAGUUUUGAACCACCCGGCUAUAGGAGGGUUUUUAACACACUGCGGAUGGAACUCAACUCUUGAAAGCUUGUGUGGUGGAGUGCCCAUGAUCAUUUGGCCCUUUUUCGCAGAGCAACAAACCAAUUGUAGGUUCUGUUGCAAAGAGUGGGGCGUCGGCAUGGAGAUCGAGGGUGAAGUUAAAAGAGAUUACGUAGAGGGACUUGUGAGAAAGUUGAUGGAGGGAGAGGAGGGCAAAGUGAUGAGGAAGAAAGCCUUGGAAUGGAAGAAGUUAGCAAAAGAGGCCACCACUGGUCCCAAUGGGUUAUCUUUUUUGGACUUGGAUAAAAUAAUUAACCAGGUGCUUCUAUCUCGGAGGAAUUAG